AUGUCCAGCCCGCAGCUUGAGAUCUGUAGGAGUGGCCCGAGUGCUGAAAGUGUUCGAGCAGCAGCCUGGCUCGAUGGGAACAAGGCGACCAUCCCUCCCAAAGCCUACGGCGCUCGCUUCGCGGUCCAUUUCACGCAGCAUGCGGCAGCCGAGCCCAAGGAUCCGGAUUCGCCCUUCAGCCCGUUCAGCCCGGAUGCUCGCCCAAGACACUCAGACAGGGCGGAGAAUACAGAGACUGCAGAGAGAACCGAGUCCCAGAACGUCACGGACGAGAAAGAGGUCUCCACCCUUCCCCGCCUUUUUGACCAGGGGCCGGCUGUAGCGUCCCCGCUGGAGAAAUGGGACACGGAUGCGUUGCCACGCUUCAAGCUGGAGAAGAGCGAAGAGGCAAAGUUCAAUCCCAUGCCAGUGGAGAUCGGUGCCAAGCUCCGGCUUCAGGAUCCCAAGACUGAAUUCUCAGAGGAUCAAGUCACUACCGAGAUGAACGCCCUCGAGGGCCAAAGCCCGUUCACACAGCGACAUCAAUGCUGCUCUUCAGGAUGGCUGCGGUUUUGCUCGUGA